CUAUGAAGAUCACGUGACGCGACCCGGAAGUGACGCGCGGUGCUCAAGAGUUCAGCAAAGCAUCCGAGAAGAAAACAGCAGCUAGCUUAAUUCUGUUUUACCAGCAGAGGAGCGGAGGAGGACAAACACACACGGUGAAAACGGUGAACGGUGAGUUCAGCUGUGAACACGAGCAGAAUGAAUCCUGUCUACAGCCCUACACCAACAGGGGUCCCCUUCACCAACACCAAGGGUUUAGGCUACCCAGCUGGGUUCCCUGUCGGCUACGCCGCUCCAGCGUACACUCCCAGCGUCUACGCAGGCGCUAACCCGGCCUUCGCCAGCGGUUACGCUCCUGGAACUCCCUUCAAAAUGUCCUGCUCUCCCAACACGGGGACCGUUCCGCCCUACUCCUCCUCGCCAAACCCGUACCCUGCCGCCGUCUACCCAGUCAGGAGCACCUACGCCCAACAGAGCCCGUACGCACAGGCGUUAAUACCUUCACAACAACAAGGCGCCUAUUACACGCAGCCGCUGUACGCGGCUCCGCCUCACGUCAUCCAUCACACCACGGUGGUCCAGCCCAACGGGAUGCCUGCAGCCAUGUAUGCUCCGCCCAUUCCUCCCACACGCCCCAACGGCGUCACCAUGGGGAUGGUAGCCGGUACGACCAUGGCCAUGUCAGCAGGAGCUCUGUUGACGAGUCCAUCACCGGCGCCCGUYGCCCCCCACCCGGUGUCGAUGCCCACGUACCGGCCUUCCGGCACCCCCAGCUACAGCUACGUGCCGCCGCAGUGGUGAAGCUGCGUCAGGAGGGUAGAUAUGCAUUCGCACUCGACUCCAGUGUUCUUGGUGGCGGCCUGCCCCCCCAGGCAGCGUCUGCAGCCAGUUAGUCUUCUUCCAGCAUAAUGUGAAUCUUAAAAAUAAAACAACCCCMCUAAAAAAAAUCUAUAGAAUGUGGCUCGUUUGGACAGGGAGGGGGGAUGAAGAGUAGACCCAUCCCUGCUGCAUUCCACCCCCCACCCCAGCAUCAGCACCUCCUCCAGCCCGCUGCGUAUCUCACAUCCUCCGGGCGAGCUCCGUCUGGACUCAUGCAGGUUUUUAUAGCUCUGAAGUGGUUCAAAAWGAAAAAAAAAAGGGAGUUCUGUUUUUAUUUUUCUGUUUUUCUUUAGUUAUUUUAUUUUGGGGGAUCCAUAUGGUUGCAUGUGUGUAUAUAAGUAUAUAUAUAAAUAUAUAUAGAUAUAUGAAAAAAUGCUAGCUGAAUCUACCUGCUGCGACAGAUGAAAAGUCAACACGUGUCCAAAGGAAUU